AUGAAGUUAUUACAAUUUAUAUGCUUAAUAAUCAACUUUAUUAUUGUAAAAUCAACCGAGAAUAUCCAAUCAACAGAUAUCAGCAUUGCUGAUAAUCCACAAAGUACAGAAGCACCUCAAACUACAGCAAUUUCAACUCGAGCAUCCUCACAACUUGUACCAACUUCUCAAUCACACGCAACAACAGCUUCAACCCAACCAACAUCAAGUAUAGAUUCACAAUCUACAAACUCCUUUCAUUCACAGCCAUCUUCUGAACUUUCAACAUCAAAUCCUUCUCAAACUUCAAGUAUAUCCACAAACAAUCAACAAAUUACAACCCAAAAUCCAGACAUUCCAACUCGAAACCCACAAAGUCCAUCAAGACCAUGGGAUUGCUCGAAAUUCCGCUUCACUAACCUGCCGCAAAACUGCUGCUUACUUCCAAAACUCCAAAUGCCACAACAAAUCACUGACAACUGUAAAAAUGAAUGCAAAAAUCGUCACUGCUGUGUUGUUGAGUGUAAAUACCGGGAAAUUGGAAUCUACAAGAACAAAGAAUUUAAUAAUCAAGCACUUCUGACUGCCUACAAGAAUUCACUUAGCUCUGAAGCUGAGAAGAUGAAUUGGACAAAUGCGAUGAAUUUGUCACUUGAAUUUUGUGAGUCAAUGGUCAUGUCUGAAACAACUUUAAGGGCAACAACUGUGAAUUUUAAGAAAAGCAUUGUCACGAUGACAACGAGCAGGAAAGCUAUCAUAGUGACCUUAAAAAGAACUGGACAGCAAACAUCAACAAAAUCCACAACUACAGAAUCAACAACUACUAAAUCUUCUACAACUUCAGGAACAACCACAUCGACAAUCGCUUCAUCAACAGAGUCAGUUAAGGACAGAAGAGACAAGAAUCUUUACUGCCACAUUCCAGUUUAUGUCUAUUUGAUGAUUUCCUGCACAAAGGUUCAAAAUUUUAUAAAUUGUCCGAAUUUUAAAAGCACUGAUGAGAUUUGUGAGGAAUGGAGGGACUACUUGAGGAAGUGUGGACAUGAAUUGGGAUUUCUGAUAUGA